AUGGCGUCCUCAAAGCUUCAAGCUGCCCUCACGAACGCAGCAAAUUCGAACGACAAAUCAGCCGCUUACAGCCAGAUUUUGAAUGAGGUGACAACCUCGACCUACAGUAGCAGCGACGAGCAAGCGGACAAUCUCAUUCUUUACUUCAACUCACUAUCUUCUUCUUCCUUGGGCAUAAUCAGUACCAAACCACUUCUCACAUCUCUGAUCCAGUCACUCCAUUCCGCUCCAGCUCAGGUCAAAAUCAAAGUUGGUGGACACAUCGCAGAGAACCUCCAGAGCCAGACCGCAUCUUUCGAAGAGCAGAAUGCAAAUGUGCGAGAAGUUCUAGCACAGGGAUACGAAGCUGAAGAAGAGUGGUCAAAAGCUGCAGAAGCUCUUCAAGGCAUACAACUAGAUUCCACCCAGAGAAGUGUAACAGAUCUUGUCAAGGUAUCGACCUGGAUCCGGAUAGUGAGAUGCUAUCUAGAGGACGAAGAUACGGUCAAGGCCGAGUCUGCGUUGAACAGAAUCAAGAACCACACUCCAGCAUUACAAGUCUUGCAGGAACAUCCAGAUCUGCACUUGCACUUUCAGCUUGCGCAAGCACGAAUACUUGAUUCACGCCGAGACUUCCUCAAUGCCUCUGCUGAGUACCUCAAUGUAUCAUUCAACAGAUCAGUUGCCGAGGACGACCGAUUACAAGCAUUAUCUGCCGCAAUCAAGACUGCCGUUCUAGCACCUGCCGGUCCUCAGCGAACACGAACACUUGGAAGAUUGUACAAGGAUGAGCGGUCAAUGGACACACAAGAGUACGGCAUAUUGGAAAAGAUGUUCCUCGAUCGACUGUUGUCUGCUCAGGAAGUGGAUACCUUUGCCGCCUCUCUGGCAGAACAUCAGCUGGCACUGACCGCAGACGGCAGUACUGUGCUGAGCAAGGCUGUUACUGAACACAAUCUUCUUGCUGCUAGCAAGCUGUAUGACAAUAUCUCAACCAGUUCAUUAGCGGAAAUCCUUGGCCUGAAAGACUCAAAAGACGGUACAGCCGCUGAAAGAGCCGAAGACUACGCUGCACGAAUGAUUGAGCAAGGUCGACUAAGAGCUGAGAUCGAUCAAAUUGACUUGGUCAUUCAUUUUGAAGCAGUUCCAGGUCUUUCCUUGACUGGUGCGACUCGAGACUUGAGACUGUGGGACUUGGGGGUUCAGGGGCUCGUUGAAGAUGUUGAGAGAUAUGCAGCUGCUAUUGGCGAGGAAUUUCCGAACCUGGCUGCUCAAGGUAUGGUCAAUGGCUAA